UCAUUUUUAUGGAGUCGAUCCAAUGAGCUGUGCGGUUCACAAUGUUCUAUGAGAAAGUCGUGGUGGGACCCCCGAAGUCGUUUUCUCACUCUGAUCUAUUGGAAUAUGUAGAGACGCUCCUGAAAGAGUCCAAGUCUUACGAGGAGAGAUCCAUGGGCAAGACCAACUACAGCUGGCUGCGGUCCAGGAGCCUGGAGGUCUCUCCUUACAGCCAAGAGCUGGAAAAGUUCAAGCCUGUAGUACGAAAGAUGUCGUCCGAGAGCUGCGCCGUUAUAGCUGUCAAACUUGACAGCAUGGAUGUCAAAACACCCACAGAAAUCCUGGUGGCAUUCAAGAACAUUCUGGAAGAACAGUACAGCAUCCAGAUGUUUGAGGGAAACGUGAAGCGUGCGAAAGAGACGAAGAAUAGUAAAAAGAGAAGAAACAAGGUCCAUCCUGAGUUGCUGCCUCCGGGACGACAAGCCACAGUGUCUUUUAUUUUGAACUAGCGAUCUGGUAUUUUAAACUAGCUAUCCGCCAUACUUAAAUUUUGAACUAGUGAGUCGCCAUUUUGAACUAGCGAUCCGCCAUUUUGAAAGAGUGAGUCGCCAUUUUGAACUAGCUGCCCGCCAUACAUAAAUUGCGAUCCGGUAUUUUGAACAAGCGAUCCACCAUUUUGAACCAGCGAUUUGCUAUUUUAAACUAACUUCUGCCAUAUUAUUGUUAUAUUAGUUAGAUAGUAUCUGUCAAUUUGUUUAUGUAUUCGUACUAUCUACGUCGAUUUCUUAAAACUUAACUUAAUACACAAACUUUUUUGUUUCCAGUAACUUAGGUUUAUGAAGCUACUUAAAUACAGUCUACCUUUUGGUGCAAUGCGAAAUCAUACAAAUUCAUACCUAAUUAAGUAACUCGCCGUGUAAUUAUCUACGCAGUAGUUAGAUAAAAGAUACACUUGGGAAAGAUGAACUAUUAUUCACCCAGUUUAACAUAAACCUCAAGUUAUCUCAGUAAAGUUCAAAAUAAUAGCAAUAAUUUAACCACUGCCUGCCUAGGAUGCGCGCCGCGAUGUAAUCCUAUCCUAUAGAAUUUGGUCGACAAAUGUAUGGACUUAUCUUCUAGAAUCGAUAAAAUGCCUCUACAAAACGACAUAAUUCACAUUCUAGGCUAGUAAGGGUUAACUAAUCCUAUCAUUAAACAGUAAUUUCCAAUAAUUUCUCGAAUAAUCCACGUGUGGAGCCCCGUGACGGCGAUUAGUAGACAGGCGCGUGCGCAACACGCUGCAAUAUUUGGGGCGUGAACUGUUUCACACUUGCACUGAAGAAUUAAUGGUUCAACUACACUGGGCUGCAAAGAAAAAGGGUAAUAAAUGUCAAUUAAAUAAUAAUUAUAUAGGUUUACCAGUAUGUUUUGUUUCAUAAAGCUAGGUCAGCAUGAACAACUUUCGUCUUCGAAUCGUUUGCGUAUUCGACAAAUUCGAUACUCAACCUUCGAAUUAAACGAUAACGUCACAAUUUUGAUCCUCAAAGUAAGUUUCGUGCAAUCAUUUCUCAUACUAAGUUCACAAUGGCGCUGUUGUAGUUUUCGUACUAAAUCUUUUGAUGGCGAUUCGAAUACGCAAACGAUUCGAACUCGAAAGUUACUUUUGAAGAAUUUGAGAUUUUCUUAGGUUCGGUGUAUUUUUAACUGACUUCAAAAAAGGAGGUUCUUCAGCUCUAUGAAUGACAUGUCUUGUCUUAAAUAGGUAUUUCAUUAAACAAAUUGGUUUUCAGUUAUUUCAGUAAGGCUUUUUUUCGUGCAUAAAGCGAUUCAAUUAAAUUUGCUAAGAGCUACUAAUUUUGUAUGAAACACUAAUAAAAAAAAUUUUAGCGAGCAUAACCAAUAAUUUUCAUUUUAAAUAGCUUGUCUUAUAAAUAAUUGAAAGUAUAUUUCCUGUCAACUUAGCUCAGAAAUAAAUCUUAC